AUGGGCGCCGCGCAGUCUUCUCAAGCUCCCCAGGAGCAGGUCAUCACCCCCCAAGAACCCUCCACCUCCGUCCAAUUUUCCCCCUCUCUCAUCUCCCGUCUCUCCUCCCCCCACGAGCCCACAGACCCUCACGCCAACACUGAUGAAGUCGUCCGCCGCCGACUUGCUGCCGAGUCUGCCCACCUCCGAUCGCAGGAAGCCGAGAUCCUCAAGUCCAUCUCGGCCGCGUUGGAGAAGGAGAACUUGGACAAGGAGAAGCCAGGGAUGAGCUCGGAAGUCUUGGGCAAGGAUAUUGAGGAGAUCAGGGAAAAGGUCGAGAGGAUCAGGGAGAGAAAGACCAAGGAGGGAGCGGCGGUCAAGAGUGCGAGGGAGAGUGUGGAGAAGUGCUACCUGACCAACCCCAACAAGCCCCUGGAUUGCUGGAAGGAGGUCGAGGCGUUCAAGACGGAGGUGUCGAAGCUUGAGCAGGCAAGUUCUCCCCCGGUUAUUCCAUCCGCCGCAUACUGA